UCGCUACCUACAGAAAGCAAAAUUGUCUGAUAUCUCUCCCACCGUUCCCAUUUCUCAAUUCCCCUAUUUAAACCACUGGGUCGACUGGGGAAUUCCAUAAAAUCAAGAAAAAAGCUAUCUUUGCACACACACAGAGGUCAGAGGCUGUGGACUAUGAUGGGGCAGUGGGGGUUGAGGAUGAGGGCUCUAUUGUUGGCAAUGGGGCUGACGCUGAGGCUGAGUUUUUGUGUCCCUUUAAUGGACGUGGAUGUACAGCAACUGAGGAAGCUGGCAUCUAAAUACAACGUCACCAGUUUGUUGGUGUUUGGGGACUCCAGUGUUGAUCCUGGGAAUAACAAUGUUCUUUCCACCACCAUGAAGAGCAAUUUCCCUCCUUAUGGGAAGGACUUCUUUAAUGCCCGCCCCACCGGCAGGUUCUGCGAUGGACGCCUCGCUACUGACUUCAUUGCCGAGGCGUUGGGAUUUGGAGAAACGGUGCCGGCGUUUCUGGAUACAACUUUGCGCCCAAUCCACCUUUUGCGUGGCGCUAGCUUUGCUUCUGCCUCUUCAGGCUACGACGAUCUCACCGCUAAUUUCUCUAACGUACUGUCGUUUCCGAAGCAGUUGGAGUAUUUCAUGCACUACAAACUCCAUCUAGGCCGACAAGUCGGCUACGAGGAGGCAGAGAAGAGAAUCAGAAACGCCAUAGUUGUCAUCAGCAUGGGAACCAACGACUUCCUCGAAAACUACUUCUUGGAACCACUUCGCCCCAAGCAAUUCAGCUUGGACCAAUACCAGAAUUUCCUCGUUUCUUCAAUGUCCCGUAACGUCCAGCUUAUGCAUAGGUUGGGAUUAAGAAGAGUAGUGGUUGUGGGAGUUCCGCCAUUGGGGUGCAUGCCACUUGUAAGAACGAUCACAAAUCAGAACACGACGUGUUCUAAAAGUUUCAACCAAGCGGCGUACGCAUUCAAUGCAAAGAUGAAGCUCAAAUUGGCAGCGAUUAAAGCAAAUUUGGGGAUGCUCACCAGCUUCGUGGAUGCUUAUGCCAUCGUACAGGACGCAGUCGACAACCCCACCGCCUACGGUUUAAGGGAGACGGCGAAGGGGUGCUGCGGGACGGGGUUGGUUGAAUAUGGCGGCACGUGCAAGGGGUCGAGCACUUGCAGCGACCCAGAAAAGUACGUGUUUUGGGACGCGGUUCAUCCGUCGGAGAAGAUGUACAAAAUCAUAGCGGCGGAGGCCAUUCAAUCUGUCCAACGUGACAUCUUAUCUUAGUUUUUGUGUUUCCGGUUUUAACUUGGCGCUAGCUUAGCUAUAUGUUCAUUUAAGGAAAAUACUCUGUCAUCUUUUCACUUAUCUUUACAAAACUUUUGGACCUAUUAUUCAAUACAAGAUAAUAUUAGAGUAGCAGUACUUUCGAUCUGGAAGGAUUACUCAUUUCUUAUUGAGAUGAGUUUUCAAGUGUUUUUUUGUUGUUAUUCACGCGAUCUACCAAAA